CAAGUGUCUGUCACUGAUCAAGGACAACAAGGUGAUCGGAGGUAUAUGUUUCCGCAUGUUUCCAACACAAGGUUUCACAGAGAUUGUGUUCUGUGCUGUCACAUCCAACGAACAAGUGAAGGGCUAUGGGACCCAUAUGAUGAAUCAUUUAAAGGACUAUCACAUCCGACAUAGUGUUCUCCACUUCCUCACAUUUGCUGAUGAAUAUGCCAUCGGUUAUUUCAAAAAGCAGGGCUUUUCGAAAGAUAUUAAGAUGAAUAGGUCAGCCUACCUUGGCUACAUCAAAGACUACGAGGGAGCAACGCUUAUGGGCUGUGAACUAAACCCAAGAAUCUGUUACACUGACUUCUCCAGUGUCAUCAGAAAACAAAAGGAGAUAGUGAAGACCAUUAUAGAGAAGAAACAGGAACAGCUACAGAAGGUAUACCCUGGCCUGACCUGCUUUAAGGAGGGCGUGCGACAGAUACCAGUUGAGAAUAUACCAGGUCUACAUGAUCUUGGCUGGAAGCCCCCUGUUGAUAAAAACAAAGAGACACCUGUCGAUGGUGAACAACUGCACUCAACAAUCAAAACAAUACUACAGCAAGUUAAGUCCAAUGCCAGUUCCUGGCCUUUCCAGAAGCCUGUUGACAAAUCUGAAGCACCAGACUACUACGACCAUAUCAAAUUUCCUAUGGAUCUGAAAACAAUGACUGAAAGAUUAAAAAAUCGUUACUACUGUAACAAACGACUCUUUAUCGCCGACAUGACCAGGAUCUUCACAAACUGUCGAGCCUAUAACAAACCAGACACUGAGUACUACAAGUGUGCUAACACAUUAGAGAAAUUCUUCUGUACAAAAAUGAAGGAGGCUGGUCUGAUAGAAAAGUGAAACUGUUAUAGUGGGUGGGGAUAGGGACUUUAAAUGAAGGUGAUGUAGAUACUGAUACAUUCACUGGAGCAAGAUUCUGACAUUUUAAUAUUGAGAUCUGAAUAUGCAAAUGUGAUUGAUAUACUUCAUUACAGUAGUAAGUUACAUGGUCAGCUGUACUAUUAAGAUAAAAUUAGACAAAAAUACCGAUGUCUCUCAUGUUGAGAUAUUUAGAACGCAAAACAUUAACAGUAUUCAUGACUUUUCAUUACUAUAAAGCAAUAAUGGUAUUACAAAAUAUCAGAACAUGAAAAUAGUUUUAUGUCAGCCUAAGAUUUGAUAUUGUUUUAUUUUAACUCGGGAAGUACAAUCAGUUUUUUUUUUAUAUAUUUUAAGUUUUUGCAAGUGUAGGUGCAAGUCUGACAGUCUGUGUUGAAUCUGUGUGUAUGUGUGGUAGGUCCACAAAAGAAAUGCAUGUUUGAUGUGGAGCAUGUUUGUAAGAUAGAAUCAAUAUGUGAGUGAAUGUUUGGAUGUGGAAUGAAGAAUGUCAGUAUUUAAAGGAGUAAAUGAAUUACUUGGGUGUGUUGUCGAUAUGUCAGCUUUCCCAGAUUUCUAGACCAGUCCAAGUUGCAAAUUUUAGUCAGUUUGGCCAUUCUGGCUACCAUUAUAUCAACAUAUAUGGUCAGUGUUUACUUUGAAGUUAAGGCAGCUUUCAUGAUACCCAAUUGAUACGGACUGGGAAGCAAGGAUUUAAUCCAUGAUAAACAAAUGCACCUGUACUGGAUGUUGGCUAUGUUAUAUGUCAAUAUGUCAAAAAAAACCCUGAAAAUGCAAGGUUUCAGAAUUUCCUUUCAAACAUAAAAUAAUGAAAUUAUAAUAAGAUGUGUUCUAUUUGCCCAAACUGGAUACAAUGAUAUUUCCUGAUAUAUGAAUGUACACUGACUAUGUUUGUUGCAGCAAACUCUGAAACUAGUGAUAGUUUUAGACAGGUACAGGAUGAUUAUUCCUAAAGUCUAGCCUCGAUUCUAGUCAGUGCCUGGUAUUCAGCUGGUUCAGCCAUUUCAACACCAUACAUGAAAUUGACCUUAGUUAUCUUUAAAUGCUAUAUCCUUGUGUCAACAUUGUCCUUAAACAAUGAUACUAGAUCAUAUACUUCUAUAUCUUGGUGUCCUUAAAAAAAAAACAAAAAACACACCAAAAACCAUGGACAUUAAACAGUGAUUUUAAGUCACCUGGUGCUAUAUCCUGUUGUCAGCAUUGACAGUUGACAGUGAUUUUAGGUCAUAUAUAGAGAAUACAUUGUCAGUGUCUUAAAUACAACCUGUAUUUUGGUGAGGGUGAAGAAAGACAAAAGUGGCAAGCCAUUUAUUCUAUUUAUUCCACAACUUUGACUACAAAUCCGACCAUCAAAACUUCAACAGUUUUUUGUUCAAUCUUUAUUUACCUGAUAUUGAUGUUUUGCUGAAUUUUGACUAUUAUUUAUGUAUGCCAAAAUAAUUGCUCUGUGCAGAAAUAUAGUUCCUAACUUCAAUGGAUAAAAUAACCUUGCUAUUACAUCAUGUAAAAUUGCGUACCACAACAUUUCAACAGCUACUUUUGUUUAAUGUAAUUUCAAAGUAAAUUCUGAAAUUGAUUCUGUCAAAUUCACACACAUGCUAAAAUACAUCUGUUUUCCGUCACUGCUGAAUACAGCAAAAAUAUAUGUGGCAGAAGUAUUCCGACAAUGGCGCUGCCAGUUGCAGGAUAAAGUGCUGUAUCCUGUUCAUAUUAUGCAGUGAUUCUAGGUCACCUGUUGCUUUAUCCAGGUGUCAACACCGAGUGAUUCUAGGUCACCUGUAGCUGUAUCCAGGUGUCAACACUGACAGGGUUCUAGGUCACCUGUAGCUGUAUCCAUGUGUCAACACUGACAGGGUUCUAGGUCACCUGUAGCUGUAUGCAUGUGUCAACACUGACAGGGUUCUAGGUCACCUGUAGCUGUAUCCAGGUGUCAACACUGGCAGUGAUUCUAGGUCACCUGUAGCUGUAUCCAGGUGUCAACAUUGAUACAGGGCAGUGAUUCUAGGUCGCAUGUUGCUUUAUCUUCUCACCAACAUUGACAUUAGGCAGUGAUUUUGAUCACCUGUUGCUAUAUCCUAAUGUCUUGGGAUUUGAGAAGGCUUGUCAUAGAUGCAAUGUGUGCUUACAAUGUUUUACACAGGUGCAGCCAUUAUUGUGGUUCUUAAACAUUAUUUUUUAACACUGUAAGAUCUCCUUGCCAUUUUAUAGCAUAAUCUGUUGACAGUUAAUAUGCAAGGGAUGAUUGGUGAACAGUGAUUCAUCAUUAUAGUGUGUAUUGCUGUAAAAAAUAGUAAGUAUGGUGGAAUCUUGGCUUGUGUAAAUGUGUUGAAUCAAUUGCAAUACAACCACAAUGAAUCAAGUAUGAAGAAUGCAUCACUUCAAGCAGGUUCUUCAAUCUGCAUGUAUUAGAUUAACUUUGAAUCUACCAACCUGAAAAUAUCAAGAUAUGUAAAAGAAAUUUGGAAUCAGUGGGAUACCUCGAUACUGAAGGACUGUUAUAUUGGCAUGGUCUCCAGUGAUGGGCCAGGACACGUCUCACCAUCAAGAAAUUACACAUGUAUUUCUGUUAUUGGUAUCAAUGAGACUUCAUCAUCAAGUUAUCAUCCUUCAUUCAUUUUGAGAUUUUUUUCUCUUAAAUUUCAU